AUGUCAAGAUGCAUGGAUUUCAGGUUUUAAAAAUACUACAUAAGAUAAUUUUGGACCAUCAACUCUCACAAAUUUUCAAAUUUUAAUAAAACUACUCGAUUUAUAUUAGUUUAAAGUUUUAAAUUUAUAAUAAAAAUAAAAAUAUAUUUUAAGGCCAGGACAAAAAUUGGAAGGUCAGCUUUACACUAUACAAACCAGACCCUAAGCUUACAAACGUAAAAAAAAGAAAAAAAAAUUAAAGUCGGGACAAUCAAUCACCUCAAAAUGCGAUUUAAAAGGCCUGUUCUCGUUAGAAACGUUUCUCUCUUAUUUCGGGCAUCUGGCCUCCCGAUAAAAACCGCCAUUCCUGUAGAAAGAAGCAACUGUUCAUUAGGAAGAGAACCGCUGUUGGGGAUGGUAGCGGCUUCUUAGAGCCGAUGACGGGGAUCCGGUCGCCGGGAAACCGAUUUUGUGCGAAAAAUCGGUUUUCCGGUAAUCAUGGCGGAUAUCAUGGUAAAGGAAGCAGGCGAGCCCCAGUCUCCCGCCUUUGAGGCUAGGUCUAGGGUGGCUAGGCGCCGGAGAAUGGAGAUGAAGCGGUUUUCAGAGCAGUUCCAUGUUUUUCCUGGCGUGUCUGAGCAGCCCGAGGAUGGCCAGAAAGUCGGGAAGAAGGACAGGAAAGGGAGGGUUUAUGAUGGAAAAUGUGAGAGGAUGAAGGGUGAGGUCACCGGAAAACUGCCUGAGGAAGGGAUGGCGGUUUUGGGGAAUAAGGUUUCUGGUUUUGCGGCGGAGGGUUCUGCGGGUUCUGGUUCGGCGAUGGAGGUACCGGCGCAUGGAUACGUUUCGGUGUACGGGAUGUCUAGAGAGAUGGAGGAUGCGGUCUCUAUACAACCAGGCUUCUUUGGGGCGUUGCACUUCUUUGCUGUUUUUGAUGGACAUGGCGGCUCUCACGUAGCUCUGUCAUGCAAGGACAGGCUCCACCUCCUUUUGGCUCAAGAACUCCAUUCCUCCUCUCCCACUCUCCUUCCUCAGUCCAUCCCUCCCUGUCCCCCAGAGUUGGCCCUGCCUCUUCAGCGCAGCUUCUCGUGCAUGGAUGAGGAGGUCCUCAAUGCCUGUAGCAUAUGCGGCCACGAUGCUGCCUCCUGCGGUGACACCCCGCUCACCUUCGCAUCGGAGAUGGUUGGAUCGACAGCGGUCGUUGCCAUUCUGUGCUGCGAUCGGAUUGUCGUUGCGAAUUGCGGUGAUUCUCGCGCGGUCUUGUGCCGAGCUGGCAAACCUUUCCCUCUCACCACUGAUCACAAGCCGGAUAGGCCUGAUGAACUAGCAAGGAUUGAAGCUUCAGGAGGGCGUGUAAUCUAUUGGAAUGGGCCUCGAGUGCUUGGAGUUCUUGCCAUGUCUAGAGCAAUAGGAGACAGGUACUUGAAGCCAUAUAUAACAUCAGAGCCCGAGAUCACCAUAACAGACAUAACACCUGAUGACGAGUGCUUAAUUCUGGCCAGUGAUGGCCUUUGGGAUGUUCUCCCAAAUGAAUUGGUUUGUAAUGUUGCUCGUCAAUGUCUCUUUGGUCGCUCGCCCCCAAGGCUUACGCAACCAGAGUCAUCGGACCUGGUUGGUUCACAAGGGCUUGAUGAUGGUUCGCAGUCCCCAUGCACCCUUGCUGCUACAUUGCUUACGAAGCUUGCGUUGGCCCGAAAAAGCUCGGAUAAUAUAAGCGUUAUUGUAAUCAAUCUCAAGAGAAACCAGAAUUGAUCGACUAGUUGGAGAGGUUGGGGGAGAGAGUUGUGUGGAUGGCAAUGGGGAGAAUUUGGGGCUCUGUGGGGAAGGGGGGAGGUGCAGACAGAAGUAUAAGGUGGAGGUAUAAAAUCUGCACAGAAGGUUGUGUUUUCUUUAGUCUGCACAGAAGGUUGUGUUUUCUUUAGUGAGCUUUAAGGUGAGGAUGGAUGGUAUGGAGAAGACAAAUGAAUUGGGUUCUUGUUUUUUGUGGGGAUUGGGUUAUUGAAGUCGAUAAAAUACUUUUUUGGCUGAAGAAUGUGGUGGCUGGAGUGAGAUUUCAUUGAUCGCAUGGCCUUGUUUUACAAUUCUUUUUGUAGUUGAAAACUCAUGGAUUGAAUAAGGUUACAGGAUGAAAUUGUUGGAUUUGAGGAAUGGGUUGAGCGUUCUGCGUAUCCAGCAGGAAAAAUUGUAUAUAAUCAUGGCCUUAAAAUGAACAAGAAGUUGGUCGUCUAAAUGUUAAUGGUGUUCAAACCAAUAUAUUUGGGCAUGUAAACUCUGGGAAACCCCUGUUCUACCAAAUAUUGAUGCAUUAUGAAAUUGCAAUUUGGUCUCCCAAUUUUCAA